CGCUUCCCUGGCUUUCAUGCCUGAAGGCAGGAUUCCAGAGCACGACUACCAAAUGGUGGGAAAACUCCUCAACAGCAGCCCUGCCAAGAAGCUCUUGGGCUUCCCUGGGAGACAAAAAGCUUCACCUGUGUCAGCAGUGUGUGCUGGUAGCCCAGAAAGCCAACAGUAUUGUGGACUGCAACAAAAGAGCGGUGGGCAGCAGGGAGGCGAUCGUCCUUCUCUACUCUGCCUUCAUGAGGCCCCAACUAAAGUACUGUGAAUCCUCUUGUGGUGUCCUGGCCCAUCUCGUGGCUUGGAAGAUCAUGGUGAUCUUACUUCUGUCUCGUCAGCUGAUGGCAGGUCACAGGAACGCUGGCGGGUUGGGUAGUGGGUGGUUGCUGAGAUGAUGGAUCUCUGCUGAAUGAGGCAUCUGGAGGUGGGGGCUCUGGGGCCGGGCUGCUCCGCUCCAGGGCCGGGCCAGGUUUUCAUUUCUUUAUGUACUGCUGUGUUGCUGCAGCUGCCCUUCUGUAUUGCUAUUGCUUUUUUUGUUUGUGAAUAUUAAAACGUGUUAUCUCUGUGUUGGUUGUCAUCCUGCUCUCUUUUCUCUGUUUUGCAGGUCAGCUCAUGCUGGAAGUUGGUGGUGUCGCUGUAUGAAUGAAGGUCAGUUCAGGAGCAGCUGCUGAUGGAAGGAAUGAAGUCCACGUUAAUGAGCUGAAGCAUCUCCUGAGGACUAACCCAAAGGGCCUGGACAGCUCUGAAGAUGCUGCUUCAAAUGAAAACAAGACUGUUAGUGGCAGUGAUUCCCCUCUUCUCACCAGUGGAAGCUGCAGACCUUCUCGACCCCCCAGGCCUUCCAGACCACCUCCACCCACACCCGCAGACCCCCAUCAGCAGCUGAACAUCGAGGAAUGUGAGUGGCUGAGAAAUGGAGUUGGGACUCAGGGGAGCUAUCGAGCAAUGGGUGUCUGUGUCACAACCUUCCUGCGCGGCCCUUGCAAGCUCCUGCUCCCCUCGCCUGCAAGUGGAGCAAUGCUCAAGCUUGAGGAGUCUUGUCCUCGGCAGGUGGAAAAGAUGGCGCAGCUGCAGGUUUUGUGCAGGCUGCCUGCUGUGUGGCUGCUGAAGGGCAUUUCUCCUCAGCUGAGAUCCCUGAGCCCACGCUGGCAGAGAAUGUGCUGCGCCACCAUCUCUUCUGUGGAGACACUUUGCAGGUUCUCUGCGUUAGCUGCAGUCGUGCCGGUUUCCAGGUGCCAUAAGCCAGACUGGCACAGUCUUGGGACUCAGACUUGGGAGACAGUGAGGAAACCCCAAGGCAAGUGCUGCUCGGCUGAGGAAGGAAGCCAAGAAGGAGAGCAAAAAGAACCGAGAAGGCCCACAGGACACUCGAAUCAGCUGGAAUGCUUCCUCGGAGGUGGCACCAAAGGGCAGCGGACUGAGUUGCCUGGUUUUCACAGACAGGCCAGUUCCGGCCCGUUCGUGCCUCUCAUUGGUCAGCGGCAGCGCCGCCAACUCCGAUUGGCUGAGGCGCAGCGCGCGGGAACGGCCGUUGGCAGCCGGCUCUCCCUUCACACGGUGCCGGUCCCACAGCCGCUGCGCUUCGGAGCUGUCCGGGCAGCACCGAGACGGAACCGCGGCACGGCGUGA